UUUUUUCUUUUUUUUUCCCCCUCAAAGCUGUUUUCUGAUAUAUGUUGGGUACCAUAGAGUGAAUCUCAGAACAGGAAGCGGAGGCAUAAGCAGAGAGGAUUCUGGAAAGGUUUCUUUGUUUUCUUGUUCAGAGAGAAAGCAAAGGGGAAAAAAAAAAUUGUAGUUAAUAUGUAAACCUCUGUGGCCAAAAAUCUGAACAACUGCAGGGGAAGGUUCUUUAUACUCUAACCAUCUUGGAUGCGGGCUUUGUUAUGCUGUGAUCCAUAAGGCUCUGUUUCAUCAGAUCAUGGAGCAAGGAAGGUAAUGUCAAGCCACAUCAGAGUUCAUCAGGGAUGAGAUACCUGUCAAGGAUUUGUGGCAGAGUGGCAUACUGGAAUAAAAACACAGAAUCUCUUAUAAGGGUCAUAUAAGAACAAAUGAGAUAAUUCCCGGAAUUGGCCUGGAGUUUUUCCGGAAAAAGGUGCUGUGACUAUCUAAGGCUAUUCUUAUGCAAGAAGCUAAACGUAAUUAAAUGUGCAGGAUGAAAAGAUGGCACAGGCACUGUUGGUACCCCCAGGACCUGAAAGCUUCCGCCUUUUUACUAGAGAAUCUCUUGCUGCUAUCGAAAAACGUGCUGCAGAAGAGAAAGCCAAGAAACCCAAGAGAGAACAAGACAAUGAUGAAGAGAACGAACCAAAGCCAAACAGUGACUUGGAGGCUGGAAAGAAUCUUCCAUUCAUUUACGGAGACAUCCCUCCAGGGAUGGUGUCAGAGCCGCUGGAGGACUUGGACCCCUACUAUAUCAACAAGAAAACUUUUAUAGUAUUGAAUAAAGGGAAGGCAAUUUUCCGAUUCAGUGCCACCUCUGCCUUGUAUAUUUUAACUCCACUAAAUCCUAUUAGGAAAAUUGCUAUUAAGAUUUUGGUACAUUCUUUAUUCAGCAUGCUUAUCAUGUGCACUAUCUUGACCAACUGUGUAUUUAUGACCUUGAGUAACCCUCCAGACUGGACAAAGAAUGUAGAGUACACAUUCACUGGAAUCUAUACCUUUGAGUCACUUAUAAAAAUCUUGGCAAGAGGGUUUUGCUUAGAGGAUUUUACAUUCCUUCGUGACCCAUGGAACUGGCUGGAUUUCAGUGUCAUAGUCAUGGCAUAUGUGACAGAGUUUGUGGACCUGGGCAAUGUCUCAGCGUUGAGAACCUUCAGAGUUCUCCGAGCAUUGAAAACAAUUUCAGUCAUUCCAGGUUUAAAGACCAUCGUGGGGGCCCUGAUCCAGUCUGUGAAGAAGCUUUCUGACGUCAUGAUCUUGACUGUGUUCUGUCUGAGCGUGUUUGCUCUAAUUGGUCUGCAGCUGUUCAUGGGCAACCUGCGGAAUAAAUGCUUACAAUGGCCCCCAAGCGAUUCUGCUUUUGAAACCAACACCACCUCUUUCUUUAAUGGCACAAUGAAUUCAAAUGGGACAUUUGUUAAUGUAACAAUGAGCACAUUUAACUGGAAGGAUUACAUUGACGAUGACAGUCACUUUUAUGUUCUGGAUGGACAAAAUGACCCUUUACUGUGCGGAAAUGGAUCAGAUGCAGGCCAAUGUCCAGAAGGAUACAUCUGUGUGAAGGCUGGUCGAAACCCCAACUAUGGCUACACAAGCUUUGACACUUUUAGCUGGGCUUUCUUGUCUCUAUUUCGACUCAUGACUCAAGACUACUGGGAGAACCUUUAUCAACUGACAUUACGUGCUGCUGGAAAAACAUACAUGAUAUUUUUUGUGCUGGUGAUUUUCUUGGGCUCGUUUUAUCUGGUGAAUUUGAUCCUGGCUGUGGUGGCCAUGGCCUAUGAAGAACAAAAUCAGGCAACGCUGGAAGAGGCUGAACAGAAAGAAGCUGAAUUUCAGCAGAUGCUUGAACAGAUUAAAAAGCAACAGGAAGAAGCUCAGGCGGUUGCAGCGGCAUCAGCCGCCUCAAGGGAUUUCAGUGGAAUAGGUGGGUUAGGAGAGCUCUUGGAAAGUUCAUCAGAAGCAUCAAAAUUAAGCUCCAAAAGUGCUAAGGAGUGGAGGAACCGAAGAAAGAAAAGAAGACAGAGGGAGAAUCUUGAAGGAAACAACAAAGGAGAGGGAAACAGGUUUCCCAAGUCUGAAUCUGAGGACAGUGUCAAAAGAAGAAGUUUCCUUUUCUCCAUGGAUGGAAAUCGACUAACUAGUGACAAGAAAUUCUACUCCCCUCAUCAGUCUCUGUUAAGUAUCCGUGGUUCCCUGUUUUCCCCACGACGCAAUAGCAAAACAAGUAUUUUCAGCUUCAGAGGUCGGGCAAAGGAUAUCGGUUCUGAAAAUGACUUUGCUGACGAUGAACACAGUACAUUUGAAGACAGCGAGAGCAGGAGAGACUCACUGUUUGUGCCGCACAGACACGGAGAGCGACGCAACAGUAACGUUAGUCAGGCCAGUAUGUCAUCCAGGAUGGUGCCAGGGCUUCCGGCCAAUGGGAAGAUGCACAGCACUGUGGAUUGCAAUGGUGUGGUUUCCUUGGUGGGUGGACCAUCGGCUCUAAGCUCACCUACUGGACAUCCGCCAGAGGGUACCACCACUGAAACGGAAGUCAGAAAGAGAAGGCUAAGUUCUUACCAGAUUUCAAUGGAGAUGCUAGAAGAUUCCUCCGGAAGGCAAAGAGCCAUGAGCAUAGCCAGCAUCCUGACUAACACGAUGGAGGAACUUGAAGAAUCUAGGCAGAAAUGUCCACCAUGCUGGUAUAGAUUUGCCAAUAUGUUCUUGAUCUGGGACUGCUGUGAUGCAUGGUUAAAAGUAAAGCAUCUUGUGAAUUUAAUUGUUAUGGAUCCAUUUGUUGAUCUUGCCAUCACUAUUUGCAUUGUCUUAAAUACCCUCUUCAUGGCCAUGGAGCACUACCCAAUGACUGGUCAAUUCAGUAGUGUGUUGACUGUAGGAAACCUGGUCUUCACUGGGAUCUUCACAGCAGAAAUGGUCCUCAAGAUCAUCGCCAUGGAUCCAUAUUAUUAUUUCCAAGAGGGCUGGAAUAUCUUUGAUGGGAUUAUUGUCAGCCUUAGUUUGAUGGAGCUUGGCCUGGCAAAUGUGGAGGGACUGUCUGUACUGAGAUCAUUCAGACUGCUUCGAGUGUUCAAGUUGGCAAAAUCCUGGCCCACCCUGAAUAUGCUAAUUAAGAUCAUCGGUAAUUCAGUGGGAGCUCUGGGUAACCUCACCUUGGUGUUGGCCAUCAUCGUCUUUAUUUUCGCCGUGGUCGGCAUGCAGCUCUUUGGGAAGAGCUAUAAAGAAUGUGUCUGCAAGAUUUCUAGUGAUUGUGAGCUCCCCCGCUGGCACAUGAAUGACUUCUUCCACUCCUUCCUGAUUGUGUUCCGGGUGCUGUGUGGAGAGUGGAUAGAGACCAUGUGGGACUGCAUGGAGGUCGCCGGUCAAACCAUGUGCCUUAUUGUUUUCAUGCUGGUCAUGGUCAUUGGCAACCUGGUGGUUCUGAACCUCUUUCUGGCCUUAUUGUUGAGUUCAUUUAGCUCAGACAAUCUUGCUGCUACUGAUGAUGAUAAUGAAAUGAACAAUCUCCAGAUUGCAGUAGGAAGGAUGCAAAAGGGAAUUGAUUAUGUGAAAAAUAAGAUACGGGAGUGUUUCCAAAAAACGUUUUUCAGAAAGCCAAAAGUUAUAGAAAUCCAUGAAGGCAACAAAAUAGACAGCUGUGUGUCUAAUAAUACUGGAAUUGAAAUAAGCAAAGAGCUUAAUUAUCUUAAAGAUGGGAAUGGAACCACCAGUGGUGUAGGUACUGGAAGCAGUGCUGAAAAAUAUGUAAUUGAUGAAAACGAUUAUAUGUCAUUCAUAAACAAUCCCAGCCUCACUGUAACGGUGCCAAUUGCUGUUGGAGAGUCUGACUUUGAAAAUUUAAAUACUGAGGAGUUCAGCAGUGAGUCAGAACUAGAAGAAAGCAAAGAGAAAUUAAAUGCAACCAGCUCAUCUGAAGGAAGUACAGUUGAUGUUGCUCCACCUCGAGAAGGUGAACAAGCUGAAAUUGAACCCGAGGAGGACCUUAAACCAGAAGCUUGUUUUACUGAAGGAUGUAUUAAAAAGUUUCCAUUCUGUCAAGUAAGUAUAGAAGAAGGCAAAGGAAAAAUCUGGUGGAACCUUCGGAAAACCUGCUACAGCAUCGUUGAACACAACUGGUUUGAGACUUUCAUUGUCUUCAUGAUCCUUCUCAGUAGUGGUGCUUUGGCUUUUGAAGACAUAUACAUUGAACAGCGAAAGACUAUUAAAACCAUGCUAGAAUAUGCCGACAAGGUCUUCACUUACAUAUUCAUCCUGGAAAUGCUUCUCAAAUGGGUAGCUUAUGGAUUUCAGACAUAUUUCACUAAUGCCUGGUGCUGGCUAGAUUUCUUGAUCGUCGAUGUUUCUUUGGUUAGCUUGGUAGCCAAUGCUCUUGGCUACUCAGAACUCGGUGCCAUCAAAUCCCUACGGACAUUAAGAGCUUUAAGACCUCUGAGAGCUUUAUCCCGGUUUGAAGGCAUGAGGGUCGUUGUGAAUGCUCUUGUUGGAGCAAUUCCCUCUAUCAUGAAUGUGCUGUUGGUUUGUCUCAUCUUCUGGCUGAUCUUUAGCAUUAUGGGUGUGAAUUUGUUUGCUGGCAAGUUCUACCACUGUGUAAACACGACAACGGGUAACAUGUUUGAUGUUAGUGAAGUUAACAAUUUGAGUGACUGUCAGGCUCUUGGCAAGAAAGCUCGGUGGAAAAAUGUGAAAGUAAAUUUCGAUAAUGUUGGAGCUGGCUAUCUUGCACUGCUUCAAGUGGCCACAUUUAAAGGCUGGAUGGACAUUAUGUAUGCAGCUGUUGAUUCACGAGAUGUAAGUAUCACUCAAAUACUAUUUAUAGUUACUAGAUUUUUCCAUAGUGAACAUUUGUGAUAAUUUAACUGAAAGGCCCAGAAUAUUAUAUUAGAAGCCAUCAGAACAUUUACAACUGCAUGUAGAGAUUCUCUUUUUAAGCCAAUUCACUUCCAUGUAAAUGAUACUUUGGUUAAUAUAUGUUUGUUAUAUAUCUAAUAACAGGUCAGUCAGGUCAGUCCAGUAAAUGAGACUC